AUAGCAGUAUUCAUAUUCGAAGUAUAGCAAUUUAGUUUAUCAAAUUUUUGGUUUGUUAAAUUCAUUAUUAUUGAUAAUUUCAAAAAACAACUCAAAUUAAACUUUACAUAAGAAAAAAAAUGGCUAGUACAUCUAGUGAUCAAAGUAUUAUCGCUCAGAAGACUUGGGAAAUGUCAAAUAAAGUUGAAACAAUCAGUGCUAGUGAUGAAAUUUACAAAUUUGAUAAACGACGAAACCAAGAGAUAUUGUGUAUUAAGCCAUGGGAAAGAGAUCCUCAUUUUUUCAAAGAUAUUAAAAUCUCAGCAUUAGCAUUGUUAAAAAUGCUAAUGCACGCACGUUCUGGUAAGAAGAACGAGGUAAUGGGUAUUCUGAUUGGAAAAGUAAUAACAAAUGUAAUGAUUGUUAUGGAUUCUUUUGCAUUACCUGUUGAAGGGACAGAAACAAGGGUUAAUGCGCAAUCUCAAGCAUAUGAAUAUAUGUCUAUAUAUAUGGAUUCUAUAAAACUGGUUGGCAGAUUAGAGAACGUUAUUGGCUGGUAUCAUAGUCAUCCAGGUUAUGGGUGUUGGUUGUCUGGUAUUGAUGUGGCUACACAACUUCUUAAUCAAAAUUUUCAAGAUCCAUUUGUCGCUAUUGUAAUUGAUCCUGUGCAAACUAUUUCUGCGGGUAAAGUUUGCUUAGGAGCAUUUAGAACUUACCCAAAAAAUUAUCACUCACCUAAUAAGGAGCCGUCAGAAUAUCAAACAAUACCUUUAGAAAAAAUCGAAGACUUUGGUGUACAUUGUAAUCAAUAUUAUUCUUUAGAAAUAUCAUAUUUUAUAUCAUCAUUAGAUAGAAAAUUGUUAGAUUCCUUAUGGAAUAAAUACUGGGUGAACGUUCUUAGUUCUUCUAGUCUAUUAACAAAUACAGAUUAUACUACAGGACAAAUAUUGGAUUUAUCUAAUAAAUUAGAAGAAGCUGAAAUUGCGCUAAAAAGAACAGAUUAUAGUAGUCCAGUAGAAAAACUUAUAAAAGCAACACGUGAUAGCUCUAAAACUACAAUUGAAAUUAUACAUGGUUUAAUGACACAAAUGAUUAAAGAAAAAUUAUUUAAUCAAAUUGGAACGAAUAAGACAGAUUCUGGUUAAAUUACUUAUUCAUUCAUAAUAAGUUAAUUUCAAGUGAAAAGCCAAAUAAAUGCAUUUGUAAUACAACCAAUGUAAUUUAUACAGUUUUUCUAUUUUAAGUGGUAGUUUUUAAAAUUUUGUUAAGGUAUAAAUGCAUAUUUAAAGACGUAUAUACUUAAAAAACCUGGUGGAUCGAAAAUUCAUAAUAUUUUCACAUUUUUAUUAGCUCGAAAUGUACAUAGUGUAAACUUUUACUCAAGCUUUAUAUAUCACCGUAAUGGCCAUUUGAUCCGGACCUCUGGAUUUUCCAAAACCAAAUAAACUAAAAUUACUCAACACAUCUUCUCUCUGUUAAAAAUAGGUCCUGUAAAAAAAUAUAAAAAGGAUGUUAUUCUGAUUAUUUAUCCGGCAAUAGUUAUUAAAUUUUUAAAUCAAACAAAUCUAAUGAACUAUUUAUUAUAUUCUUGAUCAAAUAAAACUUUAUGGCUGAGAGAUUAUUAAACUUCAGUCUCCUAACAUCAGGAAGAACUAACGGAAAUUCUAUUCAUUAAAUAUUAAAAUAAUUUACUUGUUUUUUGAUGACGAUGACAAAAAUAUCAAUAUAACUUUAUUUGAAUUAAUUCAAUUUAUUGAUUUACAAUAUUUAUAAUAUAUAUCCCUAAAAAUAGCAUAAGAAGCAAUAAUGAGAAUCGUCCUACAAAUUACGCGUAUGCCGUAAAAUAAUUAUUAUCGAUAUCAGUAUUAUUGUAUUUGUAUUUUUCAUUAUUAUAAUUAUUAUUGUUAUAAAUAAAUUUUCGGUCA